AAGAGGAGGGAAAUUUAAAAAGUCCGGACCGCCUCUACUAACGGCGACAGGACAACUGAGUCGCCUAGUUAGUUAAUUAGCCACACAAAGUGAUUAACAGCUUACAUUAGCAUUAUAGGAUUGCUAUAUAUAAUUAAAUAAACAGAUAUCUUUCUCUAUGUCUCAGAAUGGAGACUCACCUCGACCAGAUUUUAGAUUCACCAUCCAAAAACAGUUACAUUGGGAGUUAUUACCAGCCUCCAGACAGGCUACAACCAGUAUCAAGACAGCUGGAGCUCCCUGAAGAGUCGUCUGUCAGGGUGGACCCAUGGCUGGCCAGUAGUCAAGUGCCACAGACCAAGCGGAACAUUGACAGCAAAGCUGUUGUUGAUGCACUAAAGACCCUCCAGGAGAAAAUCAGGCGGUUGGAGCUGGAAAGGAAGGAAGCAGAGAAGAGCUACCAUCAGUUCUCCCAUGAAGCUCAGAAGCAUCAGCAGGUCACAGCAUUGCACAGUCAAACAUCAGCCAGCCAGUCUGAGACAGAUAACUCUGCCAGGAAAGAUAUGGAUGCAAAACUGCAGUCUGCUGAGGCCCGCUGUAAGGUCCUUGAGAAGCAGCUGGACUACAUGAGGAAAAUGGUUGAAAAUGCCAAAAAGGAGAGGAGUGCUCUGAUGGAAAAUCAGGCUUCACUUCAGAGCCAGCAGCCGAGCAACUCAAACAACCAAACUCAGCGGGAGAAGCUGGAGAAACUUGAAUCGGAGUGUCUUAAAUUGAGCAGAACCCAGACUCUGGCAGAGAUGAAGCUUGCCAUUCUGGAGCAGAAGCUACUAAAAGAAGAGCAUGAGCGUAAACUUGUUCAGGAGAAGGCGGAUGAGCUGCAGAGGGAAUUAGACGUCAACCUUCGAUUGUCUGUGCCAACUACUGAAGACACAAAGGCAAAGAAGAAGACAAAAAAGACUGUUACGAAAACCUCUAAACAGACUGAAGUAGCACUAAGCAGUCCAAGGCGCCAAAGAAUGCCCUUUGUCGCCGGCACAUCGACAAGCCCCAGCCAUUCAGUCCACGCCAACGUGCAGACCAUCCUUCACAUGAUGAAGCACCACCAGCCCCAGCUGUGUGAGCGAGUGAGCGCUCUGCACAGGACCGGCUCUGGAGCCAAGAAAAGCCUCCAAAAGGACUUUCCUUCGUCUUCCGCUGCCCUCCAUCAGCCUGACAGCCUGCCUCCGGAUCAGCUGCUGAGCUCGCUGUCUGACCUGCUGUUGGGUCUGCAGGAUGAGCUGGGACAGAUGAGCUUGUACAUUGUUUUUCUUUGUUGUUGUUUCUUUGUAGAUUUUCUUCAAGCCGUUAUUAAUCUUUGUGUUUGUCUGUUUGUCAGUGAACAUCAGGAGCUGGUGUGUCAGAUAGAUGCCGUCCAACAUCAGGAGCGAAAGCGGGAAUUGCAGAGCGAGCUGCAGAGGCUGCACACCAGGAUGGAGGAGAAGGGAGCUCAGAUCACGAAGCUCCGCAAACACCAGCAGAUGGUCCAGAAAAUGGCCCAGAGCCAGUCAUGUGCUAAAGAACACACAGCCCAGAAACUGAGUGGGAUCAAGCCACCCGCCCCCUCCCCUGUUAAGGCUAAACAGAAAGAAAAGAAAGGUAUGACGACUCAGAACAACCUGCAGCUUCUCAGAGAGACGCAGAAGCUGAGAAACGGCCUCAAACAAGACGACCUUUCGUGGGAAACGUGAGGUUCUGUGUGCAGGCUCUGAUGCUACAGCUGGAUGAGACCCCCCUCGGCUCCUUGCAGCUUGUUUUCAUCUCUCUCCAGACAGCUUGUGGGUCAUUUUUAGCAACAAAUUAGGACUGUGUAUAUUAUUACAAAACCUAUUAGGAAGGUGGUUGUGCUUACAGUGCCUUCAUUGGGUGUAAUUUAUGACCUUAAUCUGCUUUAAAAAGUAUGUGAAUGAAGUAUAAUUCAUCUCAAAUAGAGCUGAUGUAAAUGAUUUUUAAGAAUGUAGUUUUAAAAUUUUAAUAAAGCUUAUUCUCUACGUA